UUUGAACCGCGGUCGGUUUCCUGCGCUUUCUCUGCGGGCUCGUAGCCGGCGCCGCCGCUCUCUCCCGCUGCCCUGACACGACGGACGUCUCGGCCAAGACGCUCUCUCUGUGGCCUUAUUCCUCUGCGGUGGUGAUUGUUUUCUCCCGUCAAGAGACAUCACUUUUUGGUAAUUUGUCAAAUUCUAGAAACAUCCCUGGAGAAGCAGUCGUGGGCAGGCUUCAAGCAUUUUGGCAAACUAAAGGGGCCGUUGAUUGGCCUCGUCUCCACGACUUUCCUCUCCGGACUGCCGUGUGAGCCCAGGACGUUGCUGGUUGUUUUGUCUUUACCUUGUGAAGGACGUCUUACCGUAGUCCCAGUCAUGGCAGCUGAAGUACGAAUGGUACUUUAUGAAGAUGAUUCAGUGCAAGUGCAAUAUGUUGAUGGUUCCAGACUGCAGCUUUCUCCAUGUGGCUCUGAAUUUUUAUUUGAAAAGGCACCUCCUGUUUCAGCACAUCCUUUGGAACAACCAGAAAGAAUUCGUCAAAGGACACACUUUGUUAUUAGCACUUACCGAGAGCAACUACAGCGAGCCCUAGAUUUUCGAAAUUCUUUUGCUGUUUGCCCUUUUUUAUCUGAAAGCAUCAUACCUUCUGAAAGGAAAAAGCGUAUUUUCAUUGACUUCUCAGAAGUGAGAUGGCCCAGUGGCGACACUGAUGAUGGCAUGAUAUGUAUGCAGAGUGGCACCGUGAAGAUAUCAUCAUUAGAUGGGCACGCAUACCUUUGCCUGCCCAAAUUGCAGCAUGAAUUUAUAGUACAUUUUUUGUGUAAAGUAAGCCAGAAGCCAGACUCGUCUGUAGUAUUGUCAGAAAAGAAGAAUCAAGCCAGAAAGGAUAAACUAGUUGAAAAAGCAGGCAAAAUUUGUACAUAUGGAAGUUUAUCAAGACAGAGACUGAAGAAUAAAGAAAAUGAGCUCUAUUGUCAGAUCACGAAAUCCAAGGAACCUUUAGAGAAGAAGAGCUGUGUAAAUGGAGCCGAAGGGAAGGAGGAUGCACCUCUUCCUAGUACACAACACACAUGUGUAUACACGUGGGUGAAGCAGUGCUGGCCUGUGGCCUCCUGUCCAGAGGAAUGGAGAUAUCCUUUGUCUCUAGCACUUCGUUUUCGUAAUAAAAUCAGCAGCAUGUCUGGAAUUGAUGCAGAUAUCACCCAGAGUAGAACUUUAACUUCUGAUAUUUCAGAGGAAAGAGGAAAAGAGGUUUCUGUUCUUCCCAGGGCCCUGUUACUCAGCUGUCCUGUCCCCCACCUACACAGAUGGGAUUUUUGCGAUUCACUUUCACAAAGACCUUUUGAUGAAGAAUAUUCCUAUCCUGAACUAGUAAAAGUGGUCUGGUACAAAGGCGUAACUUAUCGACUAACCCAUAAAAAUGUGAACUCAAUAGAGAUUUAUCCUGGAGAUGGAUCUCUUUUCAAAUCAGAGGGAACUUAUCUUGGGAAGUAUUUUACAUAUUAUUCCAUUCAAGAAGGAUCAGAAGAGAGAGAAGAGAAAACUUAUUCAGUAAAUAACCUUCCUCCUGAUAGACCAGGAAGUCUGUUCUCUGUGUAUUCCCUAAUUAAACAGGCAACCGGAAUUCUUCAACACUGUGCCAAGACAAGGCUUUCCUUAAGCCAUAACUAUCGUAUAUGCUGCUGGAAGAUGGUGCCUGGGAUAAAUGAUAGCAAUAUAUUGCCUGUGCUUUUGAGAGAAUCGGUCAUACCCAGCGUGGGAAGAUUUCUUGCAUACUCUGAUGACAAAGUACACACUCUCUUUCUAGAUGGCAUCACUCUAACCUUAAAUUGGAAUUUCAGCUCUUUGAUUGAAAAGAGACAGGUCAAUCAAGGCCUCAAUUUAGGUUGGUGUAAAUUAACUUUUCCUGAUGGACAAGAUCAGUUAAUUCAGAUUGAACACCCUGGACCAUAUGAAAGAUAUGUGACAGCAGUUAUAUCAUGGUGCAGAAGACUGACCCAGACUAGUCAGAGAGAGAUGUCCACACAUCCUUCAUCUUCUGUUCUUGAAGAAAAUUGGUCUGUGGCCUCUGAACUUGAAAAGAUAAAGAAGUUUAACUUGUUAUUGGAAAAUAGUGGUAUCCUAAACCAGAUUUCUAACAAAAAAAAUGAACAGUCAUCUGACCAUUGUGAACCAAAAUCUUCAGAGACCUUGCUGGAAGAAGUUAAUGAAAAUAGAGUAUCAGUGGCAUUGAAAAAAACCUCUGAAAUCCUUCAGGAUAUUGACUAUCUUCUAUCAAAUUCUAAAAAGUGAAAAAUGGAAUUAUAAACCUUAAGGAUAUUUCAAGUGACUAGUAUAAAAUUACUAUUGAGUCUUUGUCACUGGCUAAGAAUCAAGAGUGUGACAAGCAACGAACGGUCCCAUCGCUGAGACACGGAGCCACA